GCCAAAGGAGUCCGUCCAUUGAAACAAGGAGGCCAUCAUCGUCACAAGCGGCCUCUGAUUCGCUCGCACUGACGCACCCCGUUCAUCUCAGGGGACUCCUUGGCUGUCACGGUAGCGUGCCACUGGCGGCCCUAAACCCUUGGAAUUGGAGGCUCAUAAGCUCCCUUGUCCAUAUCGACCCCUGGAUUAUGGGUUUGAUCUCCGCUCGACUGCGCUCUUGUGGCGUCGCACCUUUUGGGCGAAUGUGACCGUGUCGGGGAUUUUUACGGAAUCUGAAGACCUCCCAAGAUAGAAGUCCGUCAGGUCUGGAUGAGUUCGGAGGUUCUUCACUAGGUCGAAUUGGGUUGGUUGUUGGUGGUGUUGCUGCUGCUGCUGCUGGGAUGGAUUCGGGAUGGGAUGCCUACUAGUCUGGUGGUAUUCGACGGAAGAGGAGAUAUCCGAUGAGAUUCCGGAUAUGAACCAGCUACGUCCGCUAUUGCAGUCCAUUCAUCUAUGGUCAAUUUCAUUCGGGUAGCAUGCCAUGGGUCGCCAUGUGGUAUUCUCGAUUCUGGGCUGUCACAGUCAAGAGCUCUCGGCAUCCGGUCGACGAGAGGCAGUCCUCCACCCACCUCACACAAUCCCUUUCCUGGUACCAGACAUGCCGACCAAGAAGAUUCAUGAUCUCGUAUCGUGAACUUCUGCCACUGUUUUCUUCUUUUUGUUUUCUAUCUUGUUAUUCUUUCCUUCUUCCAUUUUCAUUUCUCUCCUCUUACACCGGCUACAAUACCUCUUCCCGUCUGUUACUCUGGGACCGGGCCGACGUGGUGGAGCGAAGUGACUCGGAUAUCUCAACCUCAUCCCGUCCAGACCGCACGCAGUCAACGAUCAACAUUCUAGGUUGACUUUUUCAUUCACUUGAUCAUCAUAGUACGCAGGUCGUUACUCACUGUCUUUUCUGGAAUUUCCUUGUUUCAUGCUUUGGCUAAGAUCGGCAUAUCUUUCCUUCUUUUGUAAUCCAAUUUUCUCAGUCUUUGACGUCCCAUGCCAAUCAUCUGGCGAUAACCCUUUGAGCAACCAGCUGCCGACAUGGCGGCUUUUCCCUUUUUAUCAGCCUCUUUUGUGCUUCUUCAACUGGCAUUAACAUGUUUGGCCCAACAUCUGAACCUUACUACUGGGCCAUUGCACCUCACCGGCCACACCCCCGGUGAUGGCUGCGUCCACCUCCCCAUCAUCCACUCUACCAACACCGACCACUUUGCCCGUCGUGGCAUCCAACUCGCUCUCAAUAAUCGGUCUGACGUAGCUUACUACGCCCAACUCGAAAUCGGCACCCCCCCACAAACAGUCUACACCCAACUCGACACGGGCUCCUUCGAACUGUGGGUAAACCCGGACUGCACCACCGUCUCGCCCUCCGACUCUUCCUUCUGCGACCACAUUGGCUUCUACAACGCCUCUCUCUCUUCCACGUCCAAAUCCCUCGGCACCAGCAAAACCCUCCGUUACGGCAUCGGCGCCGCCAACAUCUCGUACGUGACCGACACCAUCUCCCUUUCCGGCUCCUCCACUUCUUUGAAAGAUAUCCAAUUCGGCGUCGCCACCUCCUCCAAAGAUGCCUUUUCGGGAAUCCUAGGGAUCGGCUACGGCCAGGGUCUAGCGACCAAAUACCCCAAUUUCAUUGACCAGCUGUACGCCCAAAAGAUCACCAAGGUCAAAGCAUACACUUUAGCGCUAGGAUCCAAGACUGCUCAACAGGGGAGUAUUGUCUUUGGCGGUGUGGACACAUCCAAGUUCGCCGGACCGCUGGGGAGACUACCGAUUAUUCCAGCCGAAGACUCGCCGGAUGGCGUCCCGCGGUUUUGGGUGCAGAUGAACGGGAUCAGCCUCACGCCGCCUUCGGGACAGAGCAUGGGCGUUUACGAGGGGAGCAAAAUCCCGGCGUUUUUGGAUAGUGGGAGUACCAUGACGAUCUUGCCGCCCGCGUUGGCGAACAAGAUUGCCGAGGACUUUGGGAGCCCGGAGAUGGAUGCGAAUGGGUUUUAUCGAGUCGGGUGUGGGUAUGUGGAGAUGAAUGGGACGAUGGAUUUUGAGUUUGUGGGUGCGGGACAAAAGGUGACGGUUAGGGUGCCGUACAAGGAAAUGAUCAGGGAGGUGGGACAGGGGGAGAGCAAGAUGUGCUUUUUGGGGAUCAUGGGCAGUGAGAGUUUUACGUUGUUGGGGGAUACGUUUUUGAGGAGUGCUUAUGCCGUGUUUGACUUCCAAACCAACUCUAUCUGGUUGACACAAGCCACCUCAUGCGGUAACACACCCGCCGCGCUUAGGGAUGUUACCGAUUUGUCUCGCGUGGUAGGGAAUUGUCAGAUACAGCUGGGUGAGAAGGAGGCGGUGGUGGAUGUGGUUUCGGAGACGUCGAUUGCGCCGCCUACUGGUUCGACAGGCGACACUGAUGGUGUGACCGGGACGGGAGGAAAUGGAAGUGGAAAUGGGGGGACGCGCACGGCGUGGGGGUUUGUCACCACGACCUUGGCGGUACCUAUGGCGACAGGUUUAGCCGGUGUUGGUGGAAGUGGGAGUGGAAGUAUGAGCGCCACUGCGUUGGAUUCCUCUGGGAGAAGUAUGGCCGGUGAUGUGGUGUUGAGCGCCGCGGUGGCUGUUGGUGCUGCGGUGUUGGGAAGUCUGUUGUGAUCUGCUGCAUUCUGAGGUUGCAUAGCAUGGC